AUGUCAUCCCUUGCAUUCAGAUCAUUAAGAACUGGUUUAGGUUUAAAGAACUCUGUUAGAUCUUUAUCUACCACUGCAUCUACCUUAUCCAACUACCAACACCCAGAUUAUUCCACCUAUGUGAAUGACAGAAGUGACACCACCAGAAGAAACUUCACCUACUUUAUGGUUGGUUCAAUGGGUUUAUUAUCUGCUGCCGGUGCCAAAUCCACCGUUGAAGCCUUCCUUUCCUCCUUCGCUGCCUCUGCUGAUGUUUUAGCCAUGGCCAAGGUUGAAGUCAAAUUAAGUGCUAUUCCAGAAGGUAAAAACGUCAUUGUUAAAUGGCAAGGUAAACCAGUUUUCAUUAGACAUAGAACUCAAGAUGAAAUUGAUGAAGCUAAUCAAGUCGAUAUCAAAGUUUUAAGAGACCCAGAAACUGAUGCUCAACGUGUUAAGAAACCUGAAUGGUUAGUGAUGUUGGGUAUUUGUACUCAUUUGGGUUGUGUUCCUAUUGGUGAAGCUGGUGAUUUCGGAGGUUGGUUCUGUCCUUGUCAUGGUUCUCAUUAUGAUAUCUCCGGUAGAAUUAGAAAGGGUCCAGCUCCAUUAAACUUGGAAAUCCCAGCUUAUGAUUUCACUGAUGAUGAAACCUUACUUGUUGGUUAA